AGGAACCAUGCUGGGACUGGACGUGUGUGAGUUUGGGGGUCAGGUGCUGGAGCUGCUGUGGCUCACCAUGUGCUACAGAGGUCUGCUGACUGACAAGAUUGACUUGCCCAUCGAAGAGGAGGACAAUGAGAGGAAGCUCAACUAUAAUCCUCCGGCUCAGAAGUCGCUGCAGGAGAUCCAGGAAAUGGACAAAGAUGAUGAGAGUCUGGUGAAGUACAAGCAGACCCUGCUGGGGCCGGAUGCACUGAAUGCAGACCUCUCUGGGCCAAACGUGACGGUGACCAGACUGAUCCUGCUGUGUGAAGACGUUCCUGACCCAAUCACCAUGGACCUGACAGGGGACCUGAGCACCCUGAAGGAGAAAACCUUCACUAUACAGGAAGGAGUGAAAUACAGGCUGAAGAUACACUUCAAGGUGAACAGAGAAAUAGUUUCUGGCUUGAAGUAUCGCCACGUGACCUACAGGAAUGGAGUAAGAAAGGACGGCGUUGUGUACAUGAUGGGCAGCUAUGGACCUCGAGCGGAGGAGCAGGAGUUUCUCUGCCCGGCUGAGGAGGCACCUCAAGGCGUUUUGCUCCGCGGCCAAUAUCUGAUCAAAUCCUGCUUCGUUGAUGACGACAAGAACGUCUACUUAUCCUGGGAGUGGAACCUGAACGUCAGCAAGGACUGGGACUAAAAGUGUGUCUCCGUCUUUCCCCUUCAUCACCCUCUUCGUCAU